CCAUUUAACAUUACGAAUAGGCGGAUACCCACUUUCUCUAAAUCCCACAAAAUUUCCAUUACUUUCUCGGGAACAAGAAAGAAAAAGAAAAGACAUCAUGAGGGCAGAGAAGAGGCUGAUCCACGCGGCAACGAUGUGGGUGAGACGACAGCCGCCCAAGGUGAAGGCUUUUUUGGCGGUGGUGUCGGGGAUGGCGACUCUUGUUUUGCUCCGAUUCAUCGUACACGACCACGACAACCUCUUCGUCGCCGCCGAGUCUGUCCAUUCUCUCGGAAUUUCUGUACUCAUCUAUAAACUCACAAAAGAGAAGACUUGUGCCGGACUAUCUCUGAAAUCCCAAGAACUAACAGCUAUAUUUUUAGCUGUUAGGCUGUAUUGUAGCUUUGUCAUGGAAUAUGAUAUACACACCAUACUUGAUUUAGCCACAUUGGCUACAACCUUAUGGGUUAUUUACAUGAUCCGUUUUAAACUCAAGUCGAGCUACAUGGAAGACAAGGACAACUUUGCUAUUUAUUAUGUUGUUAUCCCUUGUGCAGUACUAGCUCUGUUUAUUCAUCCAUCAACUUCACAUAAUCUUAUGAACCGAAUUUUCUGGGCUUUCUGUGUAUAUCUGGAAGCUGUUUCAGUUUUACCUCAGUUGCAAGUGAUGCAAAAUACCAAGAUUGUCGAGCCUUUCACGGCUCAUUACGUAUUUGCAUUGGGUGUUGCAAGGUUCCUCAGCUGUGCCCAUUGGGUUCUCCAGGUUUUAGAUAGUCGAGGACACUUGCUGGUUGCCCUAGGUUACGGAUUAUGGCCUUCUAUGGUUCUUAUUUCGGAAAUCGUUCAAACUUUCAUUUUAGCUGACUUCUGUUACUACUACAUCAAGAGUGUAUUCGGAGGGCAGCUCGUUCUCCGUCUUCCCUCUGGAGUGGUAUAAGUGAAGAUGCUGUCGUGUAGUCGUUGAUGAGCUUGCUGACUGAAAAAAGAAGUAUGACUCGUUUCCGUAAUGUGGCAAGUUAUCCUUGUUUAAGUUCUUGUUUUUCGCUCUCGACGCCUUUCUUUUGACUCGAUAUCAGUGGAUAGUUUGUAUACUUCGGAAGAGGAUAUUUAUAUCGAAAACAUUUCAUAGAUGGAUUAACUCUUUUUUUUGUGUCAAAUCCUUAAAUUAUUAGAAUAAGCUUUAAACAUUGAUUUCAA